GCUAAUAGUACCCAACUAGCUUGAGUAGUACAUUUCUUGCACAUCCACAGAACUCGAUCAUGGCGGCCGUUCCUCCUAAUGUCGAGGUCUCCAUUGUCCCUGCACCCACUACAUACAGAAAGACUAUCCUCCGCAACCUAUGGUUGGGCCGCACUGGUGAUGACACCCAGAAAUCCCUUCUUGAGGUGGGCAAGUUUGGGCAUUACGUUGUUGUCAACUGGACUGUAUUUGAAGGAGAGGGCAACGGGGCGAAGCUAGUCGCCCGUGGACAAGGAAGCACCAUAUGCGCCGGUAGCUGGAUAUCUACUUACGUCAUAGUGUUUGUGGAUGGCAGGUUCAAAGGAUCCACCCUUCAAGUGAUGGGAAACGCCUUGGGUGUUAAUGGUCAGUUGGCUGUUACUGGUGGGACUGGGGAGUUUGCUCUUGCAAGUGGUAUCAUCAAGGUGGAUUUUGACAAACUUACUGGUGUUGACCACCUUACGGUGGAAGUGUAUACACCAGUGUUCUUAGGACCGUGUUAUGCAGCAGCGGAGAAUUAGUCCCUUGGGCCUGAUCAGAUUUACCAGUUGCUCUGAUCAAAAUAAAGUUUUUGACUUAAUCUCAGUUUCAUCCAUAAUAUGAGGGAUACUGGUUGUUCCCAACUCAUGUUUCCAGUUAUAAUAUUUUUAGUUCAUCUCAAAGCUUCUUACCACAACACCAAAUGUAAUCCUUUUCUCAUUCAAUGUUGGUGUUUUCGUGCCAUCAAUGUGCGAUUUUUCUUCAAUAAUGAUACUUUAUAUUGAUAUC